GAGGAUGGCAGGAAGGCCUCCAGUUCUUCCUUCUAGCAACCUUUCUUAUGCAGAGAAUUUCCUCUAUAUCCUGGAUUCCAUGGGCAAUAGGUCUUACAAACCUAAUCCUCGACUGGCUCGAGUCCUGGACAUCCUGUUUAUACUGCAUGCGGAACAUGAAAUGAAUUGUUCCACUGCUGUUGCCAGGCAUCUUGCUUCCAGUGGUGUUGAUGUGUACAUUGCUGUGGCCGGAGCUGUUGGUGCACUAUAUGGUCCCCUGCAUGGUGGUGCAAAUGAGGCUGUGUUAAAGAUAUUAUCGGAGAUUGGAACCGUUGAAAAAUCCGAGAGUUAAUCGAGGGUGUGAAGAACAGGAAGAGGAAGAUGUUAUGAACUCAGAUCAAUUUGUAAAGAAACAAGCAGAAAAUUC